GUUGGGGGUGAGUACGGAGUAGUGGCCAUUGGUUGGGAUGAGUACGGAGUAGUGGCCAUUGGUUGGGAUGAGUACGGAGUAGUGGCCAUUGGUUGGGAUGAGUACGGAGUAGUGGCCAUCGGUUGGGAUGAGUACGGAGUAGUGACCAUCGGUUGGGAUGAGUACGGAGUAGUGGCCAUCGGUUGGGAUGAGUACGGAGUAGUGGCCAUUGGUUGGGGUGAGUACGGAGUAGUGGCCAUUGGUUGGGAUGAGUCCGGAGUAGUGGCCAUUGGUUGGGAUGAGUACGGAGUAGUGUCCAUUGGUUGGGAUGAGUACGGAGUAGUGGCCAUUGGUUGGGAUGAGUCCGGAGUAGUGGCCAUUGGUUGGGAUGAGUACGAUGGCCAUUGGUUGGGGUGAGUACGGAGUAGUGGCCAUUGGUUGGGAUGAGUACGGAGUAGUGGCCAUUGGUUGGGAUGAGUACGGAGUAGUGGCCAUUGGUUGGGAU